GGCGAGAAUCACGUCCAAUACAUUCUCCGGGAUGGCGUCAUCUUACGUCACCUUCUCAACGGUCACUCCGGUGGUCAGCGGCAGCGACACUCGAGGCUUAGCUCGCUUGGCAUUCACCCGCCGCCGUGUAACUCUAUCGCCGAAUGCUCGGAGGAGACUAUUGAGAAUUUCGGCGAAAGCGUCGACGAAGAAUGCAAUGGAGUACAGAAAAUUAGGAGACUCCGAUCUUAACAUCAGCGAAGUUACUAUGGGCACUAUGACAUUUGGGGAGCAAAAUACUGAGAAAGAAUCUCAUGAGAUGUUGAGUUAUGCAAUUGAAGAGGGCAUCAAUUGCAUUGACACUGCUGAAGCUUAUCCCAUACCGAUGAAGAAGGAGACCCAAGGAAAAACGGAUCUUUAUAUCAGUAGCUGGUUGAAGUCUCAGCAACGUGACAAGAUAGUUUUGGCAACUAAAGUAUGUGGGUACUCAGAAAGAUCAUCUUACAUAAGGGACAGUGGUGAGGUUCUGCGUGUAGAUGCUGCUAAUAUCAAAGAAAGUGUUGAGAAAAGUCUUAAGCGCCUUGGAACUGAUUACAUUGAUUUGCUUCAAAUACACUGGCCAGAUCGAUACGUACCACUCUUUGGUGAUUUCUACUAUGACACAUCGAAAUGGAGACCUAGUGUGCCAUUCGCUGAGCAACUAAGAGCCUUUAAGGAUCUCAUAGAUGAAGGAAAGGUUCGCUACAUCGGUGUCUCGAAUGAAACUUCGUAUGGAGUGAUGGAGUUUGUUAACACAGCAAAACUCGAAGGACUACCAAAGAUUGUGAGCAUCCAGAAUGGUUACAGCUUGCUAGUUAGAUGUCGGUAUGAAGUUGAUCUGGUAGAAGUAUGCCACCCAAAAAACUGCAAUGUUGGCUUGCUUGCUUAUUCCCCUCUUGGAGGCGGCUCGUUGUCUGGGAAAUACUUGGUUACAGACCAAGAAGCUACAAAAAAUGCAAGGCUGAAUCUUUUCCCAGGAUAUAUGGAACGUUACAAGGGAUCCCUAGCCAAGGAAGCAACGAUACAAUACGUAGAGGUGGCGAAGAAGCACGGUUUAACUCCGGUUGAGUUAGCACUUGGGUUUGUACGUGACAGGCCCUUUGUGACAAGCACGAUCAUCGGGGCCACAUCGGUAGAGCAACUUAAAGAAGACAUUGAUGCUUUUCUAAUGACUGAGCGGCCGUUUUCGCAGGAAGUUAUGGCAGACAUCGACAACGUUUUCAAAAGGUUCAAAGACCCUUCUUUCGUUUGAAAGAAAAGAAGGUUUCUCAUAAGUUAUAUAUAGCUUGAAUUUGUUUCUUACAGUUGUUUUUUUUUUUUGGGCAAAUGUUUCUUGCAGUUGUUUUUUUUUUUUUUUUUUUUUGAAAACGUUUCUUACAGUUGUUUAUGAUAUGAUAGAUAUACAUUACUCUCAUGUAAGAAUAAUGUACCACAGAUGCAAAACGUUUCAACGCUUUUAUUGAUCUA